GCAAUAUGGCCCCUUUCGCCCGGUGACGGUUGGAGCCACUGUGUUGGGUCUCAUGGAGAAGCCCAGGGGCGUCGAGGAGACCCCCUCCUCAGAACCCAUGGAGGAAGAGGAGGAAGAUGACUUGGAGCUCUUUGGUGGCUACGACAGCUUCCGGGCUUAUAACAGCAGCGUGGCCAGUGAGAGCAGCUCCUACCUGGAGGAAUCCAGCGAAGCAGAACACGAGGCGCGGGAAGCAGGGGAGCUGCCCACUUCGCCCCUGCAUCUGCUGAACUCAGGGACACCCCGCUCUUUGGAUGGCAGCGGUUCUGAACCAGCUGUGUGUGAGAUGUGUGGGAUUGUGGGCACAAGAGAAGCCUUCUUCUCCAAGACCAAGCGGUUCUGCAGCGUCUCCUGCUCCAGGAGCUACUCCUCCAACUCCAAGAAAGCCAGUAUCUUGGCAAGAUUACAGGGCAAACCACCCACCAAGAAGGCCAAAGUCCUGCACAAAGCUGCCUGGUCAGCCAAGAUUGGAGCCUUCCUCCACUCCCAAGGGACGGGCCAGCUAGCAGAUGGGACACCAACAGGUCAAGAUGCACUGGUCCUGGGGUUCGACUGGGGAAAGUUCCUGAAGGAUCACAGUUACAAGGCUGCUCCUGUCAGCUGCUUUAAACACGUCCCGCUCUAUGACCAGUGGGAGGACGUGAUGAAGGGGAUGAAGGUGGAGGUGCUCAACAGUGACGCGGUCCUCCCCAGCCGGGUGUACUGGAUCGCCUCUGUCAUCCAGGCAGCAGGCUAUCGGGUGCUGCUCCGCUACGAAGGCUUUGAAAAUGACGCCAGCCAUGACUUCUGGUGCAACCUGGGAACCGUGGACGUCCACCCCAUCGGCUGGUGUGCCAUCAACAGCAAGAUCCUGGUGCCUCCUCGGACCAUCCACGCCAAAUUCACCGACUGGAAGGGCUACCUCAUGAAGCGGCUGGUGGGCGCCAGGACCCUCCCAGUGGAUUUCCAUAUUAAGAUGGCGGAGAGCAUGAAGUACCCCUUCCGCCUGGGCAUGCGGCUGGAGGUGGUGGACAAGGCCCAGGUGUCACGCACUCGCAUGGCCGUGGUGGACACGGUCAUCGGGGGCCGCCUGCGGCUCCUCUACGAGGAUGGGGACAAUGAUGACGACUUCUGGUGCCACAUGUGGAGCCCCCUGAUCCACCCCGUGGGCUGGUCACGGCGGGUUGGCCACAGCAUCAAGAUGUCAGACAGGCGCAGCGACAUGGCCCACCACCCCACCUUCCGGAAGAUCUACUGUGAUGCUGUCCCUUAUCUCUUCAAGAAGGUCCGAGCUGUCUACACGAAAGGUGGCUGGUUUGAGGAGGGGAUGAAGCUGGAGGCCAUCGACCCUCUGAAUCUGGGCAGCAUCUGUGUGGCGACCAUCUGCAAGGUUCUCCUGGAUGGCUACCUGAUGAUCUGUGUGGACGGAGGCCCUUCCACGGAUGGCUCCGACUGGUUCUGCUAUCAUGCCUCCUCGCACGCCAUCUUCCCCACCAACUUCUGCCAGAUGAACAACAUUGAGCUCACGCUCCCCAAAGGGUAUGAGGCACAGACCUUCAACUGGGAGGCCUACCUGGAGAAGACCAAGGCCAAAGCGGCCCCACCGAGACUCUUCAACAUGGAUUGCCCCAACCACGGCUUCAAGGUGGGCAUGAAGCUGGAGGCUGUGGACCUGAUGGAGCCCCGGCUCAUCUGCGUGGCCACCGUGAAGCAGGUGGUGCAGCGGCUCCUCAGUAUCCACUUUGACGGCUGGGACGAUGAGUACGACCAGUGGGUGGACUGCGAGUCCCCGGACAUCUACCCUGUGGGCUGGUGUGAGCUCACCGGCUACCAGCUCCAGCCGCCCGUGGCCACAGAGCCGGCCACCCCUCUGAAGGCCAAAGAGACCACAAAGAAGAAAAAGAAACAGUUUGGAAAGAAAAGGAAAAGAAUACCACCCACCAAGUCCAGGCCCCUGAGGCAGGUCUCCAAGAAGCCCCUGCUGGAGGAUGACCUGCAGGCAUCAGGGAAGAACUCCGCCGAGCCCGAGCCCGAGCCCGAGCCCGAGCCUGUCUCCACUGUGUGGGUGAAGGAGGAGCCCCUGGAUGUGGCCACGCCUGACCAGGCCUUGAGUCCCGAGCUGCCUGUCCCCAUCCAGGAUGUCAAGCAGGAGGCAGGCGACUGACCGUCCCGCCAGGACAUCCCUGCGGCCACCCCCUUUCCCUGCCCCCUGGAGUUUAGAGACUGAGCCUUUUCACAGAAGUUCACCCUGAAUCUGGGGGACCAGGCCCUGAAGGACCAGCCUGGGUUCCCUUCAUGAAUCUUCUCCCCCUACCCCCCACCCCUCACUUCUGCCCGAGGCCCCAACUCAUGUCUGAGCAACUGGAGAUCUGGGAACUUGAUGGGCAGGGGGGGGUGGGGGCAGGUCAGUCACCCCGUGUGUCCUUCCUCUGCAGCCGCUCCAGCACCACCCAGGCCCUGGGGGCUGCCUAGUCACAGCACCCAGCCACACGGGAAGGCAGGGCCGGGGACCGACAGUGUACUGUGUCUGUAAAUAAAGGCUGAGGCUGCCUGGCCUGAUGGGUGUGACAGGUGCACCUCACACAGGGGCCCUGGCUCCUCAGGCAGCCGAAACACAGAGGGUCA